AUGGAGCUGUCCAGCUGCUCUUCGACCUCCACCCUUGGUCAAAACGUCGCCGCGCUUGACGUGUUCUCUGCCGACGGUGAGGGCCGCCGAUCGCCCACAUCGCCACCUGCAGUCCCAGAUUCAGCGGAUGGUACCUCAGGCGUUAACGGCGCUCGCGAAAACAGCAACAGUGCCAUCAUCGCGAGCAAGAAAUCCAACACUGAGCAGCGGCCAAUCGCGGCUGAGGACAAGGAUGCUGGAGCUUAUGAGAAUCUCUUCGUUGACGACGGAGAAAGCGAAGGCAAGCAUGCCCGCCACGGCGAUGGAGCCCACCUCUACGAAUACAGGAUACGGGAAUUCAAAUUCGGGGAAGGAGGCCCGCCAAUGCUCGCCACGGACAACUUUGAAAAUGAUGGUGCGACUUUCGAAAAUGAUGAGAAGAACGAUGACAAAGAAGGUGGAGACGUCGAUGAUCUCGAAGACCUGGUGCUGAACGACCUUCUAGACGGUCUGGAGGGAGAAGAAUCCGCCACUCGUGAGGGCGUGUGCGGGGUCUGUCUGGAGCCGUAUACCCAACCUCCACGUGUGCUUAAUUGUCUGCACGUGUUCUGUGAAGCUUGCUUGGGGAAACAACAACGUCCUCUGAGCUCAUCACCGAAUCGCGGACAAGUCAUCAACGCAGUGAUCGCCUGCCCCAAGUGCCAUACAGAAACCGAAUGCACUCAAGGUCUUAAAAGUCUACCGCUCGACUACGUGUUGAUCAAUCGUUUGGACGCUGAAGCCAUUCGUAGGAGAAGCGUCAUCUGCACCAGUUGCAAGAGCGAGGACCAUGCGAUCGCUCGAUGCCAGGAUUGUUCGACGUUCCUCUGUUCGAGCUGCAGGAAAGCUCAUUCAUCGAUGCUCUGUUUCGAAAACCACCAGGUCGUUUCAUUUGAAGCGUUCGACCAGGAAACGGCUCAAAUCCAUCGCGCAGUCAGCUGCCUACGCCACCCUCGUGAAAUUGCUCAACUCUAUGAUCCGACAUGCGGAACCGCAAUGUGCAACGAGUGUUUGGUGUCAGGCCACCAAGGCCACGGCUGCAAAAAAGUGAACGAAUUCGAUUCGACCGAGCGCGCGGACUUGGUCGCUCUCAUCAGCGAGGCCAAGACAAGUUUUCGUCAGUUCGAUGAGACGAAUGAAGCUCUGACGACAUCUUUGAACGAACUGCAGCUAACGAGAGAUUCUGUUCGAUCAUCGAUUGAGGAAACUUUCAUCACGUUCAAGAGCAUUUUGGAACAGGCGAAAGAAGCUGCUCUAGAAGAUCUUGAGAAAGUUCAUUCUUCGCAAGAGAUGCGUGUCAUGGAUGACAUUCAGCUCUGUCAGGAGUCUCGAGUCAAUCUAGAGCAUGCCAUCGAAUUCGCCGAUAAGCUAUCGAAAUAUGGUGAUGCAGCGGAGUUUCUCGCCUUGAAAGUUUUGGUGACGUCAAGAGUUCGGAAAUUGGUACAUUCGUGUCCGAAAGGUCGGGAAAAUGCCGAACUGAAAUUCAUCACAGAUGAAGCCAAGUUCAAGUCUGCCAUGAAAGGUCUUUUCGGGCAAGUUGUGACCCUCGAUCCUCUAGACAUCGCUUCAACUACGAAUCCAAUGGAUAUGAGCCUUCUGAACGCGUCCGUGGCACCAAAGAUAAGCAACACCAGCGCCGCUCGGCUCCUGCCAGCGGAGCUCGUCGAUGCGGUGAACUCGUCUCCAUUGGCUCCGUCACACUUCGGUCAACUUGAUACACAUGCAUUGAUGUCGCCGGUGGGCCACCAAAUGCCCGGCGGCGUGGUGGCUUCGACGGGGCCGCAUAGCGUUCUGGAUUCGAUGACGCCUGGGGAGAGUCAAUUCAACGAUUUACGCUCAGCUAUAGCUCAUAUGAACCUCGCUCGUUUGGCCGGAGUGGACGCAGAUGUUGAACCAGACGUUUUGCCCUUGUUGGUUGGGAACGUGAGCGACGUUGUCACUCCGGGCCACAUGAUCGUCGGCCCGGAGAGCUCCCGAAUGGCCUCAGCGGCGGCGGUGGCUUCCUCCGAUGAAGAAGCACAACUCAUCAAUAACUUGUCAGCUCUUGCGAAGCUUGCGAAUCCAUAUCCAAGCCAGUCGAUGCAGCGCUUGCGUGGCCCUGCUUUGAGCCCGACAGGCCUACCCUCAGGUCUCAUCGUGGAGAACGGCACUGUCUCUCAGCCGUCUGGCUCCUCUAGUACCUCGGGAACGUCGGCAGGAGGACAGCGUAGCCCUACAGCCGGAGUUGGCUCCCUGAGCCUUGUCCCAGCUGCGUCGGCGGCGGCCGCCGCUGCUGCAGCCGCCGCGGCUGCAGGGGUCCUCCAGGCUCCGAUUUCACAGGGUUCCGUCACCCGGACAAACCGAAUGACGCCCAUGCACAUACGCAUCAAGUUCGGGCAAUUGGGUUCGGGUCAAACGCAAUUCUCUUCACCUCACGGCUUCUGUUUGGGGCCGAACCAGGAAAUCGUCGUGGCAGACACCAACAAUCAUCGUAUACAGAUUUUCGACAAGGCUGGUGAAUUCAAGCAUGAAUUUGGUGUACAAGGCAAAGAAGAAGGCCAACUCUGGUAUCCUCGGAAGGUCGCCGUCAUCAAAUCUACGGGAACAUAUGUAAUAUGCGACAGAGGGAAUGAGCGGAGCCGAAUGCAGCUGUUCACGAAAACCGGCGAAUUCAUUAAGAAAAUUGCUAUAAGAUACAUCGACAUCGUCGCGGGACUCGCGCUGACCAGCGAUGGGCGCAUCGUUGCCGUGGACUCGGUGUCACCAACCGUUUUUGUGAUAGCCGAAGGUGGUGAUCUUCUGCUGUGGUUUGACUGCAGUGGUCACAUGAGAGAGCCAUCUGAUAUAGCCGUUUGGGGAUCCGAAUUCUACAUUUGCGACUUCAAAGGACACUGUGUUGUGGUUUAUUCGGAGUGUGGUAACUAUCUGAGAAAAAUCGGCGGGGAAGGAUUGACGAAUUUCCCCAACGGAAUCGAUAUAUCGGAUCACGGCGAUAUAUUGGUGGGUGAUUCACAUGGGAACAGGUUCCAUAUUGUUGUGUUCAAUCGCGACGGUCAAGCUGUCAGCGAAUUCGAAUGUCCGUACUGUAAAGUAAGUAGGUGCUGCGGCUUGAAGAUCACCUCUGAAGGAUAUGUUGUGACGUUGGCGAAAAACAACCAUCACGUCCUCAUCCUCAACACUCUGUACAUCAACUGAAAACAGCUCUCGGUCUUCGACUGGGAAGAGCAGAUCAAAGAAAGGAAGUCCAUAAAACCGGAGUGAGCUCCAUAAUAAUUCAGCGAGCAAUCUCGUGCGAGUCACCAAGAGCCAGCGAAAAGAGCCGCUGAGGUCGUCCAUAAGAGCAAGUAGUAGUUCCUAUCUUAAAAACUCUUUGAGUAUUGUUGAGA